AUGAAGGAAAGCCAAAACAGCAAGGAGAAUGGCGGCGUGCGCGCCUCGAGAAGGAAGACGUACAAACAGAAGCAAGUAAAAUAUAUGAUUUUGAAAAAACUGAAAAGGAAAAUGAAGCAGGGAUUGGACAAGCUAGAGGAGCAGCACGAACAUUUGGGAAGACUACUAUCCAAUUUAAACACCCUAAAUAUUGAAGAGAGUAAUGCGAUGGCGCUGCACAGGAUGACGAAGGAUUUAACCAGACAAAUCAGACGAGUCAGUGAGGAAAAUAAUGAUGACAUAGCAAUAUUAAAAAUGGAAAAAGAUUUAAUAAAAGCAGAUUUUACAAAAAAUAAAAACAGUUUAAAAAUUUACAACAAGGAUGAACUACAGCUAAAACGGGAAGAAGAAGACGAGGAAGAAGAAGCCGUCGAGGAAAAAGUAGCCGGUGCAGAAGAAAACGAAGAAGAGGAGGAACAAGAAGAACAUCAACAACAUCAGCAGAAGGAACAGAACGACUAUGAGGAAGGAGUAGUGGAACAGGAAGAAGUGUGCAAAAUUAUAAGGCAUGAUAGAAGGAAGAAAAAAAAAAAAAAAAGUACCAACGCACAUUCAUCUCACCACUUUACAAAUUCGUUCAUUCCUCUCCAAGUAUUCAGAGAAAAUUGCCUUUGCAUGAAAAAUAAAUGUCAUCACGUUGAAUUUUCAAGUGAAAAUGUGAACACUAAAAAUUGGGUUUGUGUGGAUCUGUAUCAAGCCUUGCUGCGAAAUAAAUACUAUAAAGACACCCACCUGUGUGGCAGGAUUUUUGGGGAAUAUGAUAACAAUGAAAUUUACAAACAAGAGAUGAGGAGGAUGCGGAAGAAGAAGCUCCUCUUAAAUUUCCUCAGCCACAGGAGGAAGAGACGGAAGUCAGGGUCGUCGCAGGGACCGCCGGAGGGGACGCAACUGGAGGAGAGCAAUCAUGCAGCACAGACCAUGGGGGACAGUUACCCCUACGCGUGGGACCAAACCAGUGGUGCACCUGGAAAAGGUACACAUGGAAGAGGAAACCCAACAAGCUGUAAGCAUGAGAGAAAAGGCCUCCCAUACUAUAACACCCCCCUGUGCAGUUUGUCCAACCUGAUAAACGACCAAGGAAAGAGAAAUAUCUGCUGGAUCAACAUGAAGAAUGAGAUAAAUGAGGAGGUAUCGAAAAAUAACAGCAGCCUUAUGACCGCUAGUGUGUUAACCUUCCUAGUGAGCAUAAGUAAAGUUUUUUCCUGCGAACUGAUUGAGGAGAGAAGGGAAAAACCAGUGACAAACCAUUUUAUUGUGAAUAAAAAAGUGAACAGAUUUUAUGAUUAUAUACCAGCGCAGCAAUAUGAUAUGAUAAGCACUCAUCAUUCGGGGGGGACUGGUCAUAGGAGCAGUGCCCCCAUGAUGAACACGCAUGAAAUGAGAGGCGCCAAUCAGAGCUACGAGGUGGGAGACAACCAUAUUUGUCUCUACCUUAAGAGGGAGUACGUUCCCCCGUAUUUGCUAAAUUUGGGGAAAAAAAUUAAGUUAAUUUUGAAUUUUGUCUCUACGGGUGGGUUGUGCGGAGGUUCUGCGUGCCCUCAGGGUGAGGGGUACCCAGGGGAGGAGAGAUCACCAAAUGAAGAAGAUCAACCCUGUGGAGUGUUGUCCCCCCCCAUGGCGUACCUCAGUGCGAGACUGGAGCACGACGGGGGACUCCUCCAUAGGUACAAGAGCCUCUUCUUGAAGAAAAAAAAACAGAAACGGAAAAAAAGUGGAAAACAGAAAAAGUGCGAAAACAGCGGUGGAAACGGUGAGGACGGAAAUGGUUGCGGAGAUGGAAGCGAGACCUGCACGGUGAAAACCUUCGAUGACAACCACCUCUUUAAUAGCACCUUUUUGAGCACCCUGUUGAGACAAAACCUAAGCGAAAAGAAGAAGUACAACUAUUUUUACGUCGACAAUGUAGAGUAUGAUCACACGGGUUAUGACGUGGAGGACAUAAUUACCCACUUAGAAAAGGUUGUGUGUAAAUGGAAAAGGAACUCCUCUGAGGGUGCAACCUUCUCGCCAUUGCUCCUGUUGAACUACGUGAGUAAGAAAUAUUCACUGUACUCCAUCAAGGGAAAAAAAAAAAAAAAAAAAAUUAAAAGUAAAUCUUAUUAUGCGAAGGAGGAAUGGUACGCAGAUGGGGUAUACCAUGGAUUGGGCGAAAUGGGGGAGGAGUGCAGCAAAGGAGGGAAAGCAGCAGGUAUGAAGGGAGCCUCCCAAGUGAGAAAAAGCAAAGCCAAGGGUAAAGGAAAAGUCAAGGGCGAAAGUGAGAAGAAGUUCCAAGAGCAAAACCUCCCCAUGAAGGAGGAUUUCAUUCCGAACGGAUUGAAAGAAGGAGCAACAACAGUGGAAGGCGACAUGGAAACAUACUACUUGACGAUCCACGAUGAGAUGCUCAGCUACAGCAGCAGCAACGACGAAGUGACGGUGAAAUACUACGUGACGCAUAUGCAUUGCAGAGAGUUUAACCUGGAAGGGGGAAGCCAAGAUAUGCCAAGACAUAUUCAGCCCACUUUUUCCUACUAUGCGCAGAGAAAAAAACAGCUAGAAAAAAUGAUGAAAGAACAUAGCGCUUUAUAUAAACACAUAUUUAAAAUGUGGAAGGAAGACAUUGAAAUCGGUGAAAAAGAAAGAGAAAGGAAGAAUAUUUUUGCGUGGGGAAUUUUACCCGUACGUGCAUAUGAUCACCCGAAUAUCUUCGUACCGCUACCAUAUGGAUUUAAACACAACAAUAAGAAUUUAGCAUACAGCUCACUUAGACUGAAAGGUUCCUUUGGUGAGGAGGGGGAGGGUGACUACAAUGACGAUGAUGACGGUGGCCACGCAUACGGGGGGAAUGAAAAAGGUAACGUGAUGGAGAAAAAGGGACAGGAGGAGAAGAAGAAAGAUUAUAUGAAUAUAAAAUAUGCUAAUUUGACAGGCCCCUGUAUUACAUGGCGUAAAAAUUGUAUCUCCCUUAACGCUUCAAAGAAGAGGAGAAACCCCCAUUUCGUGCAGACCAUCCCCUACUGUUACUGCAUGAAGGGCCCUAAAAUGCCGCUCUUUUCUCUGGAAAGAAAUGUGCUUUACUGGAAUGAGAACAACCGGUCCGUCGUGCCGGAUGGUUCGGUCACCUGCAAAGAUGUGAGGAGCAACGACCCCUUCACGUGUAAAGACGCCCAGAACGAGAGAAACUUCAUCUGGGACAAACGCGAGAUCAAAAUAUUCCUGGAAAAGUACUUCCUUUAUCCAAAAAAUUUCGAAAAAAUCAGUCAAUACUUGGAGUUUAAAAAUACGAAGCAGUGCGUGGAUUUUUACUAUAUGACGAAAAACUUUUUCAACUUUAAAAAAUUUCUCCUGAUCAUAUCGUUGAGCAGAGUGAAGAGAAAUAAAAAGCAGCGACCUGUGGGUAAUGACACGACGAAGAAAAACCCUAAGGAGGAAAUUGUUGCCCAGUUGAUGGAAAAACUGGAGAGGAAUUAUGACCCAAGUGAAUUUGAGCAGUCCAAUUUUUUUCAACAUAACGUUAUCAAUCUGCGUCAUUUUUUUCAAAACUAUUUUGUAAAAGCGUUUAGCGAUGUGCAGAGCAACAGUGGAGAACGAAGUGGGGAUCGUGCGUGCAGGGCGGGUAUGUCUCCCCCGCUUAGUAAAGAUGUCACCACUGCACAGAACAUCGAUGGAGACGCAGACGGAGCCGCAACUCAAAGAACCAAAACCAUUGUGCUUGAAAAUAUGUCAGACGGGUAUGUUGUGCCAAAGAAUUACAAGUUCAUUCUCAGUGCAAACAAAAAAUUAUGCUUUCUGGUGAAGAAUGAGGAGAACCUCAUUUACAGUGGAAUCAAUUCUGACAUCAUCGAAAUUGUGUAUAAUGACAAUAAUGUGGUCGAAGAGAGAAAAAAGAGGAAGAACGAUAAGGGUGACAAGGGGGAAAAGAAGAAGAAGGUGGAAAAGGUGGAAAGAAGGGACAGUGUGCCGUUCCCUUCGCAAAUCCCAUCUCAGUUGACGCUCGGUAAGGAGACCCUGGUGGAUUAUCAGCAGCCAAGCACGGCCACGUGCAGUAGUAUGAUCAUGACGCCACCCCUUAGCAACAGUAAUGAGGUGAGUGAGAAGGUGGUUGGUGAAGGGGGGUUCUCCCUUUUGAGUAAUGAUCCCCCUCAAAAAGGCUUUAAUGCAUCCGCCACGGGUGAUGUGUUUACCCCCACAGUAGAAGAAGAAAAGGCCGCUCACAGGCAAAUUUUACACGCAAAUGGAAUGGGUAAUCUGAAAAAAACAGAAAGGGAUAACGACGUAAUGUAUGGCAACAAACUGCUCAACCUUAAGGGUGAAGAGAAAACACACCACCCGAGGGAGAGUGACGAAAAAAACUUACAAAACGGAGAACCAACAGGUCUACCAGCAAUGUGGGGGCAGGUAAAAGAAAGAGGAGAUAAAAGGGCCAUUGCAUAUAAUUGCAACGUGAAUUCUAACAGGGAUGAUUACAACCCAUUUGGCGAAAACGGCCAAGUAGUGAACCCCAGAAGGAACAGCAUGGGUAGUAGCAAACGGGGGGAGGAUGACAACAAUGAUGAUGAUGACAAUGACUAUGAUGAGGAUGUCGAGGAAGUGGGAUCCCUUGUUCAGUUAAGGGACGUGAAAGCCCACGAUAUACAUAACGUAGACAGUAGUAGCAGUGUGUUCGGGGUUUACCCUCCACCGAGCAACGACGGCAAUAACGUGGGAAGGAGAGUCUCCUACCCGGACUCGAACGACAGCAUGAACAACCCAUUCGAAAGUAAUGUUAAAAUUGAGACCUCUGAAGAGAGCCUAUACAAAUGUUUUGAGUUUUUAAAAAAUAUAAACUGGAAGGACACAGGGAAUGUCGAAGCGGUUAGGAGUAAGAAUGUUGUGCAGAUGGAACCCAUGGAAAUUGGAAGGUAUUCUGCUGCGCCAGUGACUUUGGAAGGUAAGGGGAAAAAGGUCUCCAGAAAGAGCAGCAUUCAGAGUAUCGAGGGUGUGUACCUUCAGAAGGAGAAAAAUAUAAAGAGGAAGGAGAUCAUCCCUGCAGGGAAGUCCAAGGCAGGAGGGGGAAGCAAAGACAAUACCCACGUGGGGGAGUUAGGCCAAUGGGAAGAAGCAUCAACGGGUCAUACAAUUCAUGGGAGGAACAAAGAUGGGAGGAAUCAUAACCGUAAAAAGGGCAAGACGCGGGUGAACCACAGUUUGGUGGGCGCCACGACGAAGCGGAAACACGCAAAUAUGUUAAGUUGGAAUGGUAUAUCUGAAGGAAUAGUAGGGGAAGUAGGUGGUUUAGGUGCAGGUGCAGGGGCUUCGGAUGUGAAGAGGGAUUUAACCGUUAAGCCGGAGGAUGAAAAAGCGCGUAAAAGGAAAAAAACGUCCAACGCGCAGAUGAGCGAAGAGGUGAUGAACGAUGAUAGGACUAACUCAAUGGUGGAAUCACAGUUGAGAGCAGAAUCGAUGGUGCAAGUUUGUGACGUAAGUAUGAGUGAAGGGCUAAUGAGCCAGUCGCUGGCAAGCCAAGAGCACCAACCGCAAGACGCCUUAAUUAAUAGCGAAUCUUUGGACACACAAAAUUUAGGGGUUCAUGAUAGUAACGAAAUGGGAGGACUGCCCAUCGGGGGAAGUCAUCUACCAGACACAGACGCGAUGAAGCAAGAUAGACUAUGUUCCGGUGAUCACAUCAACGUCAUGCCUUUUAACAACAGCAGCAGUGCAAUUCCGUUGCAAGGAGAGGACCGUUGGGAUGAGGUGAAAAGGAAUGGUGGAAGUUCUUCCGUCGUUACGAGUUGCAAGAAGGGGACAGUUGCUGAUGACAGCGGUGCAGGGAACGAGGAGGAGAAGACGGUGACAGCAGAACUGGCUGCUAAUCAUCCAUGGGAGAAGCAACCAUCGGAGAAGCAGGCUGUGGAAAACCCGCCAGAGAGGUCCAACAUGGAACACAUAAGGAACUCCAUCCAGAGCAGUAAGUCCUCAAACCAGUGCUCCAUGGAGUCCUUGCAACACAUGGAAAGUUACGAGGGAGGAAGUUUUGAUGACCCCUCCAAGCAACCAUUUAGGAAAACCGCCACCAAAUGGACAGACAGAGAAAAGGAAAUCUACUUCGAGGUGUAUGAAAAGGAAGGGAAAAAUUGGGACACCCUCGUAUUAGCUUUGCAUCCGUAUGGGAAAACACGGGAACAAAUUAAAAACUUUUACCAGAACACGAUUGUGAAGAAGAGGAAAAGUGAGGCCUCCUAG